CCCCAAGGAAGUACGCCGGCAUCCCUUUCUUCCUGCCCUUUUAUCCCUUUAUCCUUAGGGUUUGAUAGCAGCGGGGUUAGCCCCGUGCCCUUUGUAUGGCCACGGAGUUACAGCAUCCGGACUCCAUGCCCUGUCACAACCGGCAAGUAAACUCUACUAGCCCAAGUCCCGACCAUCUGUUAGCAGACGACCCGAUACUGGAUCAUGCAGAGGGAAAUAAUGCUGCUAUGGCUAAGCUGACUCUCCUCCCUGGGCACUCCCAUUCUAACGGGCUCUCGGAGCGGGACUCUCAGGCCUGCGUGCUCUCGGAGCGGGACUCUCAGGCCUGCAGCAGCACUAAUCUUAACUCGGAGAACCACUCUGACAGUAGGGAGUGUGGCAACUACGACGCCCCAGUUGGUGAGUCCCUCCUAGGGGACUGUGAACUCUCCCGACAGAUUGGGGCACAGCUUAAGCUGCUUCCUAUGAAUGAUCAGAUCCGGGAGCUGCAGACAAUCAUCCGGGACAAGACAGCCAGUAGAGGAGACUUCAUGUUUUCUGCGGAUCGUUUGAUCAGACUUGUUGUAGAAGAGGGACUGAAUCAGCUGCCAUAUAAAGAAUGCAUGGUGACCACUCCAACAGGGCACAAGUAUGAAGGAGUGAAAUUUGAGAAAGGAAAUUGUGGGGUCAGCAUAAUGAGAAGCGGUGAGGCAAUGGAACAAGGUCUAAGAGACUGCUGUCGGUCCAUACGGAUUGGGAAGAUCCUGAUUCAGAGUGAUGAGGAGACACAAAGGGCCAAAGUUUAUUAUGCCAAGUUCCCCCCAGACAUUUACCGCAGAAAAGUCCUUCUGAUGUAUCCAAUUCUCAGCACUGGAAACACUGUAAUUGAAGCUGUAAAGGUUCUUAUAGAACAUGGAGUUCAACCCAGUGUUAUUAUUCUACUCAGUCUCUUCUCUACUCCCCAUGGUGCCAAAUCAAUCAUUCAAGAAUUUCCAGAGAUCACAAUUUUAACUACUGAAGUUCAUCCUGUUGCGCCUACGCAUUUUGGACAGAAGUAUUUUGGAACAGACUGAGUCAUUAAAGGAAAAAUGAAAUACCUUACAUAAUAUUAUGGUUGUAAAUGCAUUUUAUAUUUGUUUUUACUGAUUGGACAAAUACUGGAGAAAAUGUGUUAGGAAUGCCUUUUAACAUUGGAAGUAGAUGUAGCACCAGG